CGGCGUCGGGGAGCGGCGCAGGCUCCGUGGCGCGUUUCUCCCUCGUGGCCGUAACUCGCCGCCAAGCCUCGACAGUCGCCGCCGUUCACGACCUCACGUCCAACCGUCUGGCAUGAGCCGCCACCGGCAACCGCCACACAGUUAAAAACCCCAUCUGGUCGGGACACGCGAUACCGAUUUUUUUUAAAGAUAAUUUUCCUCGGACUCUGUUGAUGGACCGUUUGUUAUCGGUGCUUCGAGUGCUGAAUUGUUACGUAUAAAAUAUAAAAUCCCGCAGGAUUCGAAGCGCCUCCCGGUGCUAUUUUUUUUUCUCGUAUAUACAUUUCGGCACAUGUUACUGUAGCUAGUGCGAAUGAUAAUGUUUCUGGAUUAUCGUUGAGUUGUGGAAGAUACUUGAAAACCGAUGUUGUAGUUGAAGAGUCACGCCACUAGUCUUAGUUAUAACGGGCUGUACGCACCGGUCCGAGCUUGUUUUUAUUUUCGCUUUUUACCAUACUCACCCUCUGACAACAGGUGAGGUUCUGACUAGUGGCCAACGGUUUUCUUCCUGGACAAUUUUUAAUCAUUUAGAUGAGUUGCGCAUUCCUGACGUACUUCAGCCCUGAGAGCGCCCUCAACGCCCAGAACGCUCUGCAUGAGAAGCACACGUUGCCAGGGAUGAACCGCCCCAUCCAAGUGAAGCCAGCGGACAGUGAAAACCGCGGAGAUCGAAAGCUGUUCGUGGGUAUGCUCAGUAAGCAACAAACUGAAGAAGAUGUUCGACAAUUAUUCGCGCCUUUCGGUUCAAUAGAAGAGUGCACGAUACUGAGAGGGCCUGACGGUGGCAGUAAAGGUUGUGCUUUCGUGAAAUACAGCUCACAUCAGGAAGCACAGGCGGCCAUUAAUAGCUUACACGGCAGUCAAACUAUGCCGGGAGCUUCUUCGAGUUUAGUAGUAAAGUUCGCCGAUACGGAAAAAGAGCGUCAACUUAGACGUAUGCAGCAGAUGGCCGGAAACAUGAGUCUUCUCAACCCUUUCGUGUUCAACCAGUUUGGGGCUUAUGGAGCCUACGCACAGCAACAAGCCGCUAUUAUGGCGGCGGCAACGGCGCAGGGAACGUACAUAAAUCCAAUGGCCGCGAUAGCAACGCAGUUACCUCACGCUGCUAUCAAUGGGAUGGCGAACUCGGCAUUACCGCCAAACUCAGAUCGGGACGUCGAGAACUACCCCUCGUAUAAAAUACAUGACGGUCAUGACGGACCUAUUCAUUUUGUAGAUGUACCUGUUGGAGCAGGUAACGGUCAACCUGUCAACGGCACAAUACCAAGUUUACCUUCCCCCACAAUGCCAACGUUUAAUAUGGCAGCGCAAACUCCUAAUGGACAACCUGGCGGACAGGAGCCAGUCUAUACGAACGGAAUCCCUCCUCAAAGUUAUCAAGCACAUGCGCUACAUCUGUCCAUACCUGCACAAGGCUUGCCGAACGGCGAGGCAGCGAUACAACAUCCUGCAUAUCCUGGCAUGCAGCCCGCGUACCCCGGAGUAGCUUAUCCCGCGGUAUAUGGUCAAUUCCCACAGGCUAUUCCACAACCCAUGUCGGCAGUAGCUCCAGCACAAAGAGAAGAUUUUCAAUCGCUAGGUUGCUCAAUAUCAGGUCCCGAAGGAUGCAACCUCUUCAUAUACCACCUUCCGCAAGAGUUCGGAGACGCGGAGCUAAUGCAAAUGUUUCUGCCCUUCGGGAACGUCAUCAGUUCGAAAGUAUUCAUAGAUCGCGCCACGAACCAGAGCAAAUGCUUCGGUUUCGUGUCCUUCGACAACCCGGCUAGUGCUCAGGCGGCCAUUCAGGCAAUGAACGGCUUCCAGAUAGGCAUGAAGCGACUUAAAGUGCAACUGAAAAGGCCCAAAGACGCCAGCAGGCCGUACUAACCUUUGUAUUUAGAUUUGAAAGCGCCCGAAUUGCGGGUGUUAAUUCGCCACUAGUAUACACUAUAUAUAUUAUACAUAACACUAGUUUAAAAAAAAAAACUUAAAAAACACACCUGGCAAAACUCCGAGCACGUCUGUUGCAAAAGUAAAUUCGACUGAUUAGAUCGACUAUCUAAUUUAUGGAGCGAGUUUUCAACGGAAAAUUAGUACUUGAUUAUAAUCGAAAAUCGAAUAUGCGAUCCGGUAAAUUGUUGAAGUUGAAUCGAUUUCUCUUUGUGUUGAAUAGCAACUGUAAUAAUUCCGAUUUUUCGUUGGCAAUUCAUCCGUCUAACCGAAUUUUCUAGAUUAAGUCGAGGCGAUUAGUUUUGCAAAAGAAAGUUUGUUUGAGUGAACGCGCCGCCACGCCGGUUCUCUCUCUUCGAGAAAUUCCAAAUGGGCUGUGAUUAAAUAACAAAUCAGUGUUUGAUUGUACAGGCCGUUUUGUAUUCUCGUUUUUUUAAUGUAAAAAAAAUAUUUUAUUUUGAGACUAUUUCUGCGCUCCUCGUAAUUGUAUAGAUGUGUGUGUCUAACUGUUAUUGGAUAAGGAUAAUAAAAAAAUAAAAAAAAUUUAAGUGGCUGGCGGUGCUGUCGCCGAUUCAGAUGCCAAAUUUAGCCCGGGUGUGUUUUCUGUGAUGCAAACACUAGUCACAGCGCUCGGAGGACUUACAUAAUAGGGAGAAACUUCUCGUAAAAUCCGUUUCGAAUGCUCACCAAGCCGAUGGAAUUUACAAAUAACGCGUAAAAUAAAAUGUUAUUGAUUGCUCAGUUUCGUAAAUGAAGAGGUUUUUAAACAUUAUAUACAUUAUUAAAACUUUAUACAGGGCGAAAAUGUGUUAUUGACCAUGUAUAAUAUACAUGUGGUCGUUAAUUCAAGAUCGCCCUAUGUGUAAAAAUAAUUUUUGCUUGUUAAAUUUGUGAUUUUUAAUGCGGGAAUAACUAGAAAAUGUCAUUUAUUCGUAAAACAUGCAGAGAGCAUAUCAAAUGUAAAUUUAAAUCCGAUAAAAAUUUAAUUGGCAAUUAGUGACGAGUUCGAAACGGUGUUUAUGAGCAGCGAGUCAAGGCUCCAAUAUUUUUUGAAAUUGUUUAAAGAGCCAAUGACAUAAUAUUUAUAUAUAUUUAUUUAAUAAUACCUAUACAAAAAAAUAUAGUAUAAUAUUUCUACUAAACUUUAAGUGACAUAAUCUUUAAAAAGUACCAACUAUAUAUUAAAUAUGUAAAUUAAUAGCGGUAGCGUUAUAGGAUAGGCCAAAAGUAAAAAAAAAUACAAAGAGACACGCGCAAAAGAGUGGUCGAAAAUACCAAAGGUAAAAUAGAUAGAGCCAUCAGUAGACGAAUUAAGCGAUCUCAAGCCCGCUUCUUGCUCGACCGCGGAGCGUCGCGGACGUGACGGGGGUGCAGGCGAAUUGCAUAGGCUUAUUUCUUCUGCCACAUUAUCGAUUUUAGAACGAUAUGUUCGCGAAUUAUGAAUUUUAUCAAAUGUAAGUAAGGUUAAUUAUAUCAAAACAAGUGCGUUUUCGCCACAAAAAAAAUAAUAAAACAUAGUUGUUGAGGAGUUAGUUUAUGCUUUGCGGACGAACCAGUCCCAGGCCGGGAUGAGGGAGGUGGAAAUUGCAUCACUCGGCUGGGCCACUCUAGUCAAAUUAUCAAGCCAUCGGCUAAAAUUAGUUAAUAUUAGGAUUAAUUUAGACUCUUUCGAUGAAUACUUUGAUUACUAGCGUUGAAUUUACAUUUUUACUAAUCGUUAACAUGUAAAAUAAUAAACGAAAAAUUGUUUGAAAAUUCGAAAAGGCUCAUUUAAUACUUAGUAAACAAGUAUGCUAAGAAAUAUAAAUAAAAAUGAAUGGGACCAGAUAACAAAAUAAUAGAUAUUAAAGAAUCUAUCUAAAUACAACAACAUUCUAAUCAAAGAAAUUAACUGGGGAUUUGUUCUAAAAAUUUAUCGCCAAUAGUGCGACAUUUUAAACAUGAACAUUAAAAUAUGAACAAAAUUGGCUGGAUUAAUUUUCAUUAUAAAAUCAUCUUCAUCAUAGUCAUAGUCAAGUUCUCAUUUUACUUUAACAUAUUCCUGCGAUAGUUUUAUUUCAAUGUAUUCGAUUGAGAUAUCUCAAAACUUCAUAAUCUUCUCAACUAACUAAAGCAGUAGAAGAUUUCUGUUAUCUUUCCUAUUAAAUUUUUCUUAAAUCGAAAGAAAUUCGAGUUAAAAUCGGUACGAUUUGACGCUAGUAUUCAAAGCCAUCACGUAACUUUAAGAUAUACAUAUAUUUAGUGAACAUAUAAUAAUAUUUAUUGCAUCUAAUGUAUUUAGAUAUACAUUUUUUUUAAUAUUUUUUACCCCUUUUUUUAUUUCGAUUUUUUCGGCUGAGAUAAUAUCGUGCAAUAUAAAUAGAACGACUGAUACAUUCGUUAAAAACUGUUCUUGAGUUAUUAUUUGUAACGUCGGAUUAACUUGUUCGAGUCAAUAGUUUGUUAAAGGUUUUUUUUAUUGAAGAAGAAAAUUAGUUCUAAUGCGAGAGAAAAUUCAUGAAAUGAUUACAAGUCACGGGCAAGGUAGUAUUUUGUUUGGAUUUCGAUUUGGAACCUCAAAAUUUAGCAAAAACAUUGAUAAUUGAGCCUCAGGGUGAUCGUAAAAUUGUUUAGCAAUUACUUGGAGUAAUAUAAACUAUUUGUAGCAUAAAAUAAUAGGUUUUACUAUUAGCUUGGCCUUUAUUUCGUAAAUAAUUGCUGAGCUUUUAACUAUGAAUGAAGUAUAGUAACAAAAUUUACAAGAUAAUUAAAUUUUUCCAGGAAUUCGAUGGAUUAUGAAACGAACAGUUUUCAAUAAAAUUUACCACUUUUGACAGAAUUUACCUAUUUUUGACUAAAAUUUUCAAAUUUUGAUAAAACAUGUCGAGUGUUCCGCAAAUUGGCGUGCUUUUAAUCCACCAAUUUUGAAUAUGACAAAAUUGGUGAUAAAAUAUUUUAGAAAACUUGAAGAAUUUACAAAUUCGAGGGUUAUAGGAAACAAGUGAGCAACUUUGCCUUAAAAAAAUAGUCUUAUUAUUAAAUUACUUCAAUUAAUCAAUGAAUAAACCUAACGUUAAAUGAACAAUCUCUCUGAUAAGACUGAAAUUAAGCCAAAAACUAACUAAAAAUAAUAAACAGUUAAGAAAUAACGGCCAAAAAUUUUUUUCCUUUCGAUACAACCAAAACUAACUACCAAACAAAGUACUACCUUGGACAUUUAUUUAGCGUUUUCGGACGAGUAAUGUAAUUGUAAGUAUUAAUAUUGAUAUGUGCCGCUAUAUAUUUUUUUUAGUAGUAGUGCAUUCCACGCUUGCUAAAUGACAUUCCUUGGGCGCUGGAAGUAAAAACACAAAAAGUGUAUUUUUCGAAUGCUAACCAGAGCGGAAGGGAGAGUGACAGCUCCCGACCCGGAUUAUUAGGAAAUCACCCGGACUACUAAAGGAUUAUUUUUUAUUUUAAAUUAAUUAAUCAAAUAUUGAUUCACUCAAACAAUAGGGCAACAAUAACAUGAACGACAUUAAUUAAUUAAGCGACAAUAUCUCAUUAACUUGAAACAAUAGUUUUAAUCCUUUAGUAGGUUCCAUUUGAUGGUCUUAACAUGGCAAAAAAAUGUGGUCUCCCCAAUCAAAAAGAAAUAAAGUAUAUAUAAAGUAUAUAUAGAAAAAAAAAGAAAGUAAUGUCUAAAUGCAGCGACGUGAUUCAAGGAUACAGGGUAUGUUUUGCAAUUAUUUGUGUAACUGUUUCUUCAACGUAUGGGAGCGGUACAAAUUUUUCGCGACCGCAACCACAAAGACGAGGCGUUUUCUCGUCGUUAAGGGACUUUAGAAUCAUUAUUACGAACAUUAAAUAAUGUAUAUAAAAAUCUAUAUUGUAACUAACGGUGACGAAAAUUUAAAUAAAAAAAAUCGUCGAUAUAUAUAUUUUAAAUUAGUAUUUUUAAAAUUUUCUCACUGUAGCUUCGAAACAAAUUGUUAAUCAAACUGACGAAUCUAUGGCCCAUCGCAUUUCAUACAUUUAGGUCAUCACAACAAUGAUACUUCGUAAUAAGAUGUCUAAAAUACCUAUUUUAACCAUCUCAUCCCAUGCUGUAAAUAUAUUGGGGUCCAUUUCGUGCACCGUUUUAUACAAAAAAAAUUAAAUGGUCCUUUCUGUCACAGACAAGAAGUGUACCUGUCUUCGAAUUAAAAAAUUAGUAUCAAAAAUUUUAAAUAUCUUGCGUUAAAUGGACGAGAAUUUCAAUAGGCGCUUAACGUUUCGUUUCGUUUUUAUACCAGGUUGUGAUUGCUCCUUCGAUAGUUUUUUUUAACAAUUCCAACAUGUUGAAAUCAACAUACGUAUAUCGAGGGAUCGAUUAUUUUCCCUUCCACCCAAACGCAUCGUCGACCCGUUCUCAUUCAUUAAUCUUAGCUAGUGGUAGAUAUUUAGAUUUAGUUAUUUUCCAAAAAAAAAACUAUUUGAAAAAAUGAAAUGAAAUACAAAAACCGUAAACGCGUAUGGCAAAAACGAAAUAAAUAAAUUACCAAAAAAAACUAAUCGCGGGGUACUAGGUCUCUUCGACAGUAAACUAAUAUUAUCAAUAUUUAUUACGAUUAUUGAUUACCAUUACCGCUAUUAUUUUCUUAACUAGACAGUAGACCACCGAGUAUUUUAAUUUUAAUUUUUAUUUUAACAGGUGCCAUAUUUUGAAUUUACAAAAAGCAAUUGUGUACUUAAUACUAGUCAAAUUGAUCUCACCCUUUUAUUUAUUUAUUUAACUUAUUGUGAGCGAUGCAAUGUAUUGAACUAUUCUAGUCUUUUUUCAAAAUAUUAAUAAAUAAUAAAUAUAUGUUCUAGUCAGUAUAAUUAGGUGGUGGUCUUCUGUUUGGGGAUGUUAAUUUACCAAAAUAACUUUGGUAACAAUCUAGUCUUUUUGUUCCGACAUCUGUGCUGUUAUUAUCAACAAAUGUUGUUACUUAUUUAUUUAUUUAUUCAUUUAUUAUUAUGUACAUAUUAGUAGGGACGCUUUGUAGUUUAU